ACAGAGAAAAUAUCUUAACGUUUCAUAUACAGCAGGCAAAGCAUUAUUUAAGACUAGCUUAAAUAUUGUUCCUUCGUAGAACGUUGAUCUGAUUAAAGAUAUAUAGAUGGAGGCGGAUAGUCUGUGCAGAUCGAGUUGUGGAGGUGAAGAGAUGAAAGCUGCAGGGACGAUGAAGAAGAGAGAGUUGGUGCACCUUUUCGUGACGGUGUUCCUCUCUUCGUUUUCGACUUUCUUGGUUUUUCCGGCCAUAACCGACGUCACCAUCGCGGCUGUUUGCCCCGGUCGGGAAAGCUGCUCUCUUGCCAUUUACCUCACUGGGUUUCAACAAGCGAUGAUAGGCAUGGGAACGGUUGUGAUGAAUCCGGUAAUUGGGAACCUGUCGGACCUCUAUGGAAGGAAAGCUCUGCUCACAUUCCCAUUGACACUAUCCAUUAUCCCACUAGCAAUAUUGGCAUAUAGCCAGGAGACCAACUUCUUCUAUGCUUUCUAUCUGCUGAGGACCCUAACAGCCAUGACAUGUGAAGGCAGCGUCAACUGCCUCGCCCUCGCUUAUCUGGCAGACAACAUUCCAGAGAAAGAAAGAGUAUCUACAUUUGGAAUUCUAGCUGGGUUUACCUCCGCAUCAUUUGUAUGUGGAACUUUAGUAGCUCGUUUCCUCCCCACUUCCUUAACAUUUCAGGUUGCUGCCUUAGGAUCAAUGAUGGCGGCCGUUUACAUGAGAAUUUUUCUCAAAGAAAGCAGGCUAUCAGAUCAUGGGGAUAGUUCUUUGAGCCAGCCUAUCUUGAAAGGAUCAGAACCAGUACUAGAGCGAAUCACAGAUGAUGACGAUUACACUCCAAAAACAAAAGUUGCAUUUAAGAAGAUGCCAUCAGCUGCUGAUCUUUUUGGCUUACUUAGGAGUAGUAAGACCCUGUCACAAGCUGGGAUUAUUACCUUCUUUCAGAGCCUAGCAGAAGGUGGCAUGCAAGCUACUGUCCUGUAUUUCCUUAAGGCUCGUUUUCAAUUCGACAAAAAUCAGUUUGCUGAUAUAUUGCUCCUUGUGGGGAUAUCAGGAGCCAUAUCACAGAUGGUUUUCAUGCCGCUGUUGGCACCUAGAAUUCGAGAGGAAAGCAUGCUGUCAUUUGGGCUCUUACUGAGCUGUAUCAGUAUGUUUCUAAAUAGUGUCGCUUGGGCACCUUGGGUUCCUUAUGCAGCGACUGUGUUUUCUUCUUUUGGCUUAUUAGCACAACCAACGAUUCGCAGCAUUGCAUCAAAACAAGUUGGACCAACUGAGCAGGGAAAGGCUCAAGGAUGCAUGGCAGGCAUAAGUUCUUUUGCCAACAUUGUUUCUCCAUUAGUUUUUAGCCCUUUGACAGCUUUAUUUUUGUCUGAAGAUGCACCGUUCAAUUUCCCCGGCUUCAGUAUUAUGUGCCUUGGACUUGCAACGGUCAUUGCAUUAAUUCUGAGUACUAUGAUAAGGGCUUCUCCUCCUAUUUCAAGUCACAGUGUAGCCUAGAAUACAGAUAUUUUCACCUACAGUUUGAUCUGAUGGAACCCUGUCAUCAAAUACAGAAGGAAUGAUGAGAGAAACAGAGAGCUGUCAGUUUAUUAUAGUUGGCUUGAUCCUUGUGUAAACUCCAUAGCAUGGCUAUCCAAGUAUAUGGGUUAAAAUGAGAAUCAUUUAUACCGUCUUAUUGUAAUGCCACA